AAGCCUCUGAACUGCAGAAGCGUUUUUAAGCUGGUCUUGCAAAUACGGUUGAGAUAAGGACGAAAAUGUUCAGGCUGGCAGUCGUUCUGUUGUCCGUGCUGAUUGUCGGGGAUCGCAAUAGAUCGCUGGCAGGAACACCAAAUAGUGUGAGUCCUGCGAGUCAAUCGGAGGACUUGGAGAGCCGCUGCAACGGCCACUGGUUCUCCAGGAUGAGGGCGGUGAUGGACUACGUGGCGGAAAACCAGGAUCAGUGGAACGCCUGCAAGGCGGGUAUAGCCAACGAAACCAAGUCGGACCAGAACCAGGUGAAGGCACAGCUGUCUGCACUGCAGGAAGCCGUAACCGCUAUGCAAACCCAGCAGCAGGCCACAUCCAAGGACUUCGAGGAACGACUGGGAAGGCUAGACAGCCAACUGGUAGCCAUUAAGGAGAUCCUGACAAGCAACGAAACAUCGCUGGAACCAAGGGCUGUGACGACGGUGAAGAGCCCGCCGCCGAAAUUCGAGCUGAUAGGCUCAAGAUAUUUCUAUUUCGAACGGAAUAUUAAGUUGAAUUGGUAUGGUGCUGCCAGCAGGUGCCGAGAAAUGGGAGGCCAUUUGGCCACUUUUAAGGACAGGGAAGAGCUGCUUUUGGUGAAGUCAAAGAAGUCGUUAUCAUCCGAACGCUUCUGGACGGGAAUCAACUGUCUGUCUCGGCAGGACGACCACGUUUCCGUGGCUUCUGGCAGGGCAGCUUCCUUUUUCAACUGGGCAUCGGAUGAACCUGAUUCCAGGUGGAAUGUAAGGUGCAUUUGCAUAAACAAUGAUUAUGAGAUGAUAUACUACUACUGCAGUACCGAAUAUAAGUUUAUUUGCCAAGCAGAUGAUGACUGGUAAAGUAGUAUCAGUAGCACGGCUGGGGGUGGCCCAAGGCCCUUUCAGAACCAAUGAU